AUGGCGCCCGCGACCGAGGCCGCGCCCGCGCGCACGUACGACGACGAGGCCGCGUACGUCACCGUCGAUGACGCCCACCGCGUGCGCGUCGCGCGCGGAUUCGUCCCGAACAUGCGCGUCGAUGGCGUCGUGUACGUCAACGCCGCGCUCCGGGCGUUAGUGCUCGAGGAAUUGGCGGCGUACUGCGACGCGACGGCGCACCGAGGGGGUGGAUACUCCCCGGCGUUGAAGCAGAUCGCGAACGUGGCGGCGCUGCCGGGGGUGGUGGGGGCGUCGAUCGCGUUGCCGGACGUGCACAGCGGGUACGGGUUCGCGAUUGGAAACGUGGCGGCGUUCGACGUCGGGGACGAGACGUCCAUCGUGUCGCCGGGUGGGGUUGGAUUCGAUAUAAAUUGUGGCGUGCGGUUGUUGCGGACGAAUUUGACGGAGGCGGAGGUUGGACCGGUGAAGGAAGCGCUGGCGCAGUCGUUGUUUGAUCACAUACCGGUGGGCGUGGGGAGUCGCGGGAUCAUUCCGACGACGCCGGCGGCGCUGGAGGCGGUGCUGGAGAUGGGGAUGGACUGGAGUUUGAGAGAAGGGUACGCGUGGGCGGAGGAUAAGGAGCACACGGAGGAGUACGGACGGAUGCUGAACGCGGAUCCGAGCAAGGUGAGCGCUCGGGCCAAAAAGCGCGGCUUGCCGCAAAUGGGAACGCUCGGCGCCGGGAAUCACUACGCGGAGAUACAGGUCGUGGACGAGAUUUACGACGAGUUCGCGGCCAAGAAGAUGGGCAUCGAUCGCGUCGGUCAAGUUUGUAUCAUGAUUCAUAGCGGAAGUCGAGGAUUGGGGCACCAGGUGGCGACGGAUUCGCUCACCGCGAUGGAACGCGCGAUGGAGCGCGACGGGAUCGAGGUGAACGAUCGACAGCUCGCGUGCGCGCGCAUCAGCAGCCAGGAGGGACAAGACUACCUCGCCGCGAUGGCGUGCGCGGCGAACUAUGCCUGGGUCAACCGCUCGAGCAUGACGUUCUUGUGCCGUCAAGCGUUUGCGAAAAUGUUUGGUAAGCCUCCGGACGAGCUCGACAUGCACGUCGUGUACGACGUGUCGCACAACAUCGCUAAAUUUGAGGAACACAUGGUCGACGGAGAGAUGAAAACGCUCCUGGUGCAUCGUAAGGGGAGCACGCGCGCGUUCCCGCCGCAUCACCCGUUGAUUCCCGUGGACUAUCAGUACACGGGCCAACCGGUUUUGAUCGGUGGCACGAUGGGGACGUGUUCGUACAUCCUCACGGGCACGGAGAAAGGCAUGCGCGACACAUUCGGCUCAACGUGUCACGGUGCCGGUCGCGCGCGAAGCAGAAACAAAUCCCGACACGUUCUUCAGUACGAAGAUGUCUUGGAAAAACUCAAGACGAAGGGGAUCGCCAUUCGCGUCGCAUCGCCCAAGCUCGUCAUGGAGGAGGCGCCCGAGUCGUACAAGGACGUCACCGAGGUCGUGAACACGUGCCACGACGCGGGGAUCUCAAAGAAGUGCGUCAAAUUACGACCCAUCGCCGUAGUCAAGGGAUAA